GAAGGUUAAUGUUAAGGGAUCUCUAAUGGAAGUGCUAAAACGAAAUAGAUAUUGUCCUGGACGUUUUAAGAAAUAUAUACAUAUUUUAGCUUCGAAAAUUAUACGAAGUUUGGAUGGUCAAUCUUAUCUAUGUACAUACAUAUGUAUGUAUGUAAAUAUAAAAACUUAGUCUCAAACUAAAAUCUAAUCUAAUCUAAAAUUUUAGCGGAAACUGACCAAGAACCUAGCUAUUUUCCAGGACUUCUAGCCAAAUCUAGCGGGCAGGCUACUAUUGAGCAGCACUAGUCCUUUCCCCCCUUCCACUUGUCUGUAUGGUUUGUUGUUGAUCGCCGGUUUUUGCAGGUACGCCGCUUGCUUGUGUGGGUGCGCGUCCGAAAUCAAGAGAGUUCAAAAAUCCUGCAACCGAAAACCAGUCUCAAUUCUAUUUGGGAUUCUGAAGUGAGCGGAGUGAAGAAAUCGGGAGGCAAACGAACAGGAAUACAGAAUUAAAUCACAGAAAAAUGAGCACGGAGCGAGAGAGGCGGGAGGAGUCUGCAGGAGCGUCCGGUGGAGCGACGGGAAUGGACUUCAGCAAGAAAACUCUUCAGGAUUACGAGGUUCUGGCCGUGAUGGGCAACGGCUCCUUCGGCACCUGCUAUAAGGUGCGUGACAAGAGCACUGGCGAACUGUUCGCCUGGAAGGGCAUGAACUACGACGAGCUGGACGAGGACAAGUGCGAGGCGUUGGUCUCGGAGAUCAGUGUGCUCCGGCAGCUGCAGCAUCCGAACAUAGUGCAGUACUACCACCAUUUGGUUAACCGCGAGGCCAAGUCCGUCUACAUCGUGAUGGAGUGCUGUGCCGGCGGCGAUCUCGCCCAGAUUGUUCAACGGGCGCGAUCCCAGCGUCGCCGGUUCGAGGAGCGCUAUAUCUGGCGGGUGCUCUUCCAAUUGUGCCGUGCCCUGCAGGUGUGCCACAACAAGAUUCCAAAUGGAACGAUCCUGCACAGGGACAUCAAGCCGGCGAAUAUCUUCCUGGACGCCGCCGGCAAUGCCAAGCUGGGCGACUUCGGCCUGGCCCGGAUGUUGCGUCGGGACCAGAGCUUCGCCGCCUCGUUCGUGGGCACGCCACACUAUAUGAGUCCGGAGCUGGUCCGCGGUAGGAAGUACGACCGCAAGAGCGACGUGUGGGCCGUGGGUUGCCUGGUGUACGAGAUGUGCGCCCUGCGUCCGCCGUUUCGGGGACGCGCCUUCGACCAGCUCUCCGAGAAGAUCGCCCAGGGCGAGUUCAGCCGUAUUCCCGCCGUCUACAGCUCCGAUUUGCAAGAGAUUAUCGCAUUUAUGUUAGCCGUCGAUCACGAACAGCGUCCCGGCAUCGAGGUGAUCAUCCGGCAUCCAUUGGUGGUCCGGAAUAUCUGCGAGCUGGACGGAGAGUUUCCGAACCUCGUCGAGACUGGUGAGGACUUUUACAGGCUGCCCGCCGGCGGCAGACUCUUCGACGAGGAGGAAGAGGAGCAUGAGGUGCCGCCCGAGCUGUCCAGCACACUGUUCACCGAGCAGUACAGCUUCAACGAAGGCUAUGGCCAAAGGAGGCUGAGUGUCACGGGCGUGUUCACCCCGGACCUGAGAAACGAACUUUUCUACUCCGCCAAGCGACGGAUGUUUCCCUCCAAGAAACUGCAGCUAUCGGAUCCCGCCCUAUACGAGAGUAUAAGGAGAGAGGAACGCGAGGAGGAGCGGCAGUUGGAGCUGCAGGAUGAGCGUCGACGGCGAAAGGAGAUGGAUAUCGUAAGCGAGGAGUUGAAGAGACCGGUGCAGGAACAGGAUGGGAAGCAUGAGCAGAGCAAAGGCCAUAGCAGUCCUCGUGCUCUCACACAAAACAUUUUCGAUGAGGUUUUAAAGACCAGGCUUCAUGCCAUUCGCGCCCAGGAGUCACUGCUCCAGCAGAAGCUAGUGGAGCUGCAGAUGAGAGAGCAGGAGUUGAAUCUUGCGGAAAAGCGCGUCCAAUCCUUGGAACUUCAGCUCCAAGAGAAGCUGAUGCAGCAGCAGGAGAAGCCUUCGUGUCGUUGCACUCAGCACCCGGUAGCUCCACCGAUUCCGCCCCGGAAACCGGCCAAGAGCCACCACGAUGACACUUACUGCACCAUCGAGCUAAACGAGACAUCGCCCACAGUGGCCAAACUCAAUUUGGCCACCCUGCCGCCUCCCAAGUCGAUGAAUACCCUGCGAAAGGUCACGUUCCAGUCGCCCCAGAAGUUUGUCACCUACGGAAUUGAGAAUAUGCCGCCAGUGGCUAAUCCCGGCACGGGUAAUCCUCCUCCUGCUGCUGCUGCUGCUGCAGUUGGUGGUGUACCCAUGCAGAUGAGUGUGUCCAGCAAUGAUUCCGGCGAUAGUCAGGCCUCUUCCACCAGGCGAAAGUCCAUUUUGUCCCUUUUUGGGCUGAGUCGCGGUUCUAAAGCCACGUCGAAAUCCCUGCCAGCGGUGAAUCAGCCAAUGACUGCUAUGCCAGCACGGGUCCAGCGUCCUCCAUUGACUGUAAAGCCACCAAUCACGCAGGAACAACAGCCGGUGGCCACUCCAGCGGUGGCCAAUCUGUGGACCAAGGAGCAGAAGAAGCAAGCCUUCGAGCUCCUGGCGGCCAUGAAUGCGGCGGAAAGGGAGGCGACCGGAGCGUCGGGCUUAUCGGGCGCCGGAGGAGCGCGUCGCCAGCACUUGCGACAGUCGGUGAGGGAGCGGAAUUCCACGCUCCAGCGGAAUCGCAUGCGGCGAUCUAUGGUCCUGGCCAGUGGCCACCAGAAGCAAUCAACGCGCGACCAGAUGAUGAUCUAAGGAGGGAAGACUGUGGAGUCAAGAGCCAUGGAAACCAUGGAAACUACCCGCGUUGUGAUGUGGAAUAAGUUCCGAAAUAUAACAUAUAUAUUCUUUUUUUUUUAAUACAUUUUAUAUGUACAUAUAUCAUAUUUUUUUGUCCGUUUUUUUGCGAGUGUAUUACUAGUUUUAAGAUUUGUCCUUUUCGCUGCCAAACAUUGUGCAAU